UGACUAUUUCAAGCUUUGAUAAUGGAAAAGGAAAAAUUAAAAGCAAAAACUAAAAACAACGCAGCCCUUUCUUUUCUUUUCUUCCUCAAAGAAUCUCUCUUUCUCUCUCAUAGACAUUUCCUGUCUUUGUAAAUUUCACCAGAUCAUUUUCUUCAAUUUCAAAGCUAUUCCAACUUUUUUGUGUUUCCAAUACAACAUAAAACCGUGCUACUUCUCGGAUCGUUUGAUUUUCUCUUAUUGUUUGCGUAGUGAGAGAAUUGAAAGAGCGAGGAAAAGAUUAAGUCGGGGAAUGGGACAAGCGUUUCGCAAGCUCUUCGAUAGUUUCUUCGGCAACUCCGAGAUGCGGGUUGUGAUGCUUGGGCUGGAUGCUGCUGGCAAGACAACUAUACUGUAUAAGCUUCACAUUGGAGAGGUUUUAUCAACUGUUCCUACCAUUGGUUUUAAUGUAGAGAAAGUUCAAUAUAAAAAUGUGAUCUUUACCGUGUGGGAUGUUGGUGGGCAAGAGAAGUUGAGACCGUUAUGGAGACAUUACUUCAAUAAUACCGAUGGGCUGAUCUAUGUUGUUGACUCUCUGGAUCGAGAGAGAAUUGACAGGGCAAAGGCAGAGUUUCAGGCGAUUAUCAGAGACCCCUUCAUGCUUAAUGCUGUUAUAUUGGUCUUUGCGAACAAACAAGACAUGAAAGGCGCAAUGACCCCUAUGGAAGUUUGUGAGGGGCUGGGCCUUUACGAUCUUAAGAAUAGAAAAUGGCACAUACAAGGGACUUGCGCCCUCAAAGGGGAUGGGUUGUAUGAAGGGCUGGACUGGUUAUCAAGCACUUUAAAGGAGCACAAGGCUGCUGGAUUUUCUUCGGUGGGCCCUUCGUCGUUCUAACAAGGUUGAGUCUUGUUUGUCCUACUGAACUCUCUGGAAACCAGCAAGCUUGUUUUCACAGUUACAACUUGCAUAUACUCUAUUUUGUAGGUUGAGAUUGAUACCAGAAUGAAUCAAAUCUGUAUAUUGCAAAAGCCCGAGGUGCUUAAAGAAAUGCUGCCCCUUUUUCCCUUUGAAUCUUUUUGCAGUGUAUUAGCGUACCAAGGCCUCUAACAACACUUGGAUUAUGUGUUUGUAUGAUGAAAGAAAACGCAAAUGCGUUUAUGUAGGAAAUUGUUGGAGUCGUUCAUAUUUAUAGCUGAUAGCAUCUUCUUUGGAAUGUUUAA